AUGAUACACGGGAGGAACUUGCUGCGGCGACAGUCGCUACAUCACGCCGGUCAGAGAUCAUAUAGCGCAGCGCCGCCACUGUGUAGGGCAUGUCAGGCCCGAGUCCGAUCGCCGCCUUCUCUACCGUUACUCAGAAGACCAACAGCUGGUCACCCACACCUCCUCCGACCUGCGUCGUCUGCGUCACGCGACUUCUCGUUAUCAACAGCACGGCGGAAAGACAAGGCUCCCGGCGAUGAAGGCAGCGAUGCUGCUAAGGAGACCACGGAUGAGGGGACAGACCGAUCGAGGCAGGAUGAGGAGAACAUUGAAGCCAAGAGUAAAGCGCCAGAACCUUCGCCCAUCACGCCUGCAGUAGACGGCAAAGCAUCCAGUGCAGGAGGAUCAGGUGGCAGCGACUCAGGCGCAGGUAGUGGCGAUGGCGGUAGCCGCAAGCGCAAGGCUCAAGGCCGUGAGCUGGCAAAGCCAUCUGUUCCCGAUGUGUACCCUCAGGUGAUGGCUAUACCUAUUGCGCAACGGCCACUGUUCCCAGGCUUCUAUAAAGCGAUCACAAUCCGAGAUCCGAAUGUCGUUGCAGCUGUGCAACAGCUGCUGAAAAUGGGCCAGAGUUAUGUUGGUGCGUUCCUGCUGAAAGAUCAAGAAAGCAGCCAGGACGUGAUCAACGAUCCCAGUGAGGUAUACGAUGUCGGCACGUUUUGCCAGAUUACCGGCGCAUUUCCAGCCGGACACGGAGACGACAAGGCGCUGCAAGCUGUGCUAUAUCCGCAUCGACGAAUACGACUGAGCGAGCUUUUGCCACCUCACCGUGCUCCGCCUGCAGCGCCGCAGAAGGGUGGUGUGACGGCGAGUUUCGAAGAGCAGCAGAAGGAUGAGAACAAGGAGUCUGCCGAGCAGCAGCCGAAAGCGCUUGAAGUGGCUUCCCCAACGGCCUUUCUCAGAACGUGGCCUGUCAGCUUGGUGAAGGUGGAGAACUUGGUGGAUGAGCCCUUCGACAAGCGGUCUCCUACCAUCCGCGCGCUGAUCUCCGAGAUUGUCAAUGUCUGCAAAGAGAUCGGUAACGUCAACCACCUCUUCCGUGACCAUGUCUCUGCGUUUGCCAUGUCGCAGUCUGCUGCCAACAUCGCUGAGGAGCCUGCCAAGCUUGCCGACUUCGCCGCAGCCGUUUCCGGCGGCGACAUGGAAGAGACCCAAGCGGUGCUUAGCGCGCUGAACAUUGAGCAGAGGCUCAGCAAGGCGCUGGAAGUGAUUAAGAAGGAGCACAUGAAUGCCCAGCUUAGUAACAAGAUCUCUAAAGACGUAGAAAGCAAGAUUCAAAAGCGGCAGCGAGAAUACUGGCUUAUGGAGCAGAUGAAGGGCAUUAGGAGAGAGCUAGGCUUGGAGUCCGAUGGCAAGGACAAGCUGGUGGAGAAGUUCAAAGAGAAAGCCACCAAGCUUGCAAUGCCGGAGGCGGUGAAGAAGGUUUUCGAUGAAGAAAUCAACAAGCUUGCGCAUCUUGAGCCGGCAGCAAGCGAGUUUAACGUGACGCGAAACUACCUUGACUGGCUUACGCAGAUUCCAUGGGGCCAGCGCAGUGCGGAAAACUUUGGCAUUAAGCAUGCGCGUGAAGUAUUGGACGACGACCACUACGGUUUGAAGGACGUCAAGGACCGCAUUCUGGAGUUCAUCGCUGUUGGAAAGCUACGAGGCACCGUGGAAGGCAAGAUUCUGUGCAUGGUUGGUCCGCCCGGUGUUGGCAAGACCAGUAUUGGCAAGUCCAUUGCACGCGCACUCAACAGGCAGUACUACCGCUUCUCUGUCGGUGGGCUUACCGACGUGGCAGAGAUCAAGGGUCAUAGGAGGACUUACGUCGGCGCGCUGCCGGGCCGCAUAAUCCAAGCACUGAAGAAAUGCCAGACUGAGAAUCCUCUGAUACUCAUCGAUGAAGUAGAUAAGAUUGGACGAGGACAUCAAGGCGAUCCUUCGAGUGCGCUUCUGGAGCUGCUUGAUCCGGAACAGAACAGCAGCUUCCUCGAUCAUUAUAUGGAUGUACCCGUCGAUUUAUCAAAGGUACUUUUCGUGUGUACGGCGAACAUGACCGAUACCAUUCCGCGGCCGCUGCUUGACCGUAUGGAGAUGAUCGAAUUGUCGGGCUACGUUUCCGAUGAAAAGAUGGCCAUCGCAGACCGCUAUCUUGCGCCUCAGGCCAAGGAGAUGUCUGGCCUUAAGGACGUUGACGUGCAGCUUGAGAAGGACGCCAUCGUCGAGCUCAUCAACAAAUACUGUCGCGAGUCUGGUGUCCGCAACCUGAAAAAGCAAAUCGAGAAGGUGUACCGGAAGUCUGCGCUCAAGAUCAUUCAGGAUCUGGGCGAGGAGGUUUUCGCCGAAGACAAGGCAUUGACGGAAGAAGGCAAGCAGGCACAAGACGAAGCGAAGAAAGACCAGACGGAUGUCAAAGACACUCCAAGCGAGGAGCAGAUGGAAAAGGAAACGUCUGAGAAGCCGCGAGUGGCAUUGAAGGUUCCGGAGAACGUGCAUGUUAAGAUCGACAAGGACAACCUGAAGGACUACGUAGGACCGCCAGUAUUCACGAGCGAUCGUUUGUACGACACAACGCCGCCUGGUGUCGCUAUGGGCCUGGCAUGGACGCAGAUGGGUGGCGCGGCGCUCUACGUUGAGAGCAUACUAGAAACCGCGCUCUCGUACAGCUCAAGGCCCGGACUAGAGCGGACCGGCAACCUCAAGCCCGUGAUGAAGGAGAGUACGCAGAUUGCGUACUCUUUCGCAAAAGGGCUUGUGGCCAGACACUACCCAGGCAACAAGUUCUUCGAAAAGGCCCGGAUACAUCUGCAUUGUCCCGAGGGCGCGGUGCAAAAGGACGGGCCCUCAGCAGGUAUAACCAUGGCAACGUCCUUGCUGUCACUGGCAUUGAAUCAACCUUUAGAUCCCACGAUUGCGAUGACUGGCGAGCUCACAGUCACUGGUAAGGUGCUUAGGAUAGGUGGACUGAGAGAGAAGACUGUUGCUGCACGGAGGGCCGGUGCGAGCAUGAUCAUUUUCCCGCGCGACAACACUUCGGAUUGGCUGGAGCUGCCUGAGAACAUUAAGGAAGGCAUAGAAGGUAAACCCGUUGAUUGGUAUCAAGAUGUCUUCAACCUGGUGUUCACGAACGUGGACGAAUCGGCAGCGAACCGAUUGUGGAAGAAGGAGCUGAGACGGCCACCUAAGGAGGAGCGAGAAAAGGAUGAAGAGGACAGUGGAUUCGAGAGCAACUAG